AACGCCAUUUCGAUGCAGGACAAACUCGUCAGGACAACUCAUGAGAAGUCAGACCGGAAUCGAGGGACGAAGAGGAGAAAAGUCCGCCGCCUUCUCUUAUCUCCGGAGCGCUGGAUCUGGCCCGAGCGCCACCGCCAACAGCCGAAGCGUCUUUUUCCUCUGACGCAUGCCUUCGCUCUGCCCGCGCAUUUCCCCCCACUGUUCAUCAUUCGUGUGCGCUCCAGACAGAAGACGACCGAUCCAUCUAAUCUGACGGAGAAUUCACCAAGUCUGCAUCACUCUCGUCAUUGCAAACCAUUGCCCUCGCCCCUCCCAUUGAAUGAAUGUCCGAUCUUAGGACGGGCUUUGCGCGUGAAGACCGAUAUCGCUCGACCGAUACGCUGGCUGCUGUUGGGUUCCAAGACUCGGCAAAGUCAUGGCAUUCUUUUGAAGACACAAACAUGGCGGCUACUUCUGGAACAGGCUCCCUCCCUGGCCCGGACGCCGGUGAAAUUGAAAGGAAGGACGAUGUCUCGCUCUCCCAGCGGAUGGUUUCCGCCACCUCGGGCAGUAUCCUCACGAACCUGCUAGUGACCCCUCUCGAUGUUGUACGCGUUCGUCUCCAGUCUCAAUCACCGGUCAAAACCCCGUCCCCGUUCGCCUCCAAUGCCCUUGCACCGUUUAAAGAUAUGCCCCCAAACCUAGGGGUGACUGCUUGUUGUCGAGAGGUGUUCUGGAUUGGGCAGAACUCUCAAAUAUGUAUGGUUGGGCCGACCCCGGGGGCGAUCAGCGCCCAGGCGGCCUCGAUGGCGGAUUGCGCCGUGGAGGAAUCCCAGCGCAAGACAUUUACGUCCACUCUGGAUGGGUUGCGGAAGAUUGCCCGAAAUGAAGGCGUAUGGACACUUUGGCGUGGCUUAAGCCCGACCAUGAUGAUGGGAAUCCCGGCGAACAUUAUCUACUUCGCCGGAUACGACUGGUUGCGAUCGGAUAACCGAAGUCCCAUCAAACGAUUCCUUCCGGAUACCUACGUUGCAUUUGUUGCAGGAUCGACGGCUCGCAUCGCUGCAGCUUCUGCUAUCAGUCCAAUCGAAAUGUUCCGAACGCGGUUGCAAGCUACCCCCGGCACCGGGACCGACCAUUUUAAAACCACUCUUGCGGAUUUACACCAAAUGACUCAGCUCCAUGGCUACAGUUCUCUUUGGCGAGGAUUGACGCUCACCAUGUGGCGUGAUGUUCCUUUCUCGGGGCUGUAUUGGUGGGGAUAUGAGGAAGUGAAGAGCUAUCUUAUGGAAGCUCGCAAAAAGUCGCAGGAAUACGUUUCGCCGGACGGCUCGACACAGAGCCGUGUUUCGUCCCAUGAACCCGACGGGCCUACCUUUUUCGACAGCUUCGUUGCAGGCGCUACCUCAGGAUCAAUCGCGGCAUUUGUUACUACACCCUUUGACGUGGGUAAAACGCGCCAACAGGUAUUCCGGCACAUGAGUGACGAUGUGCCUGCUUCCGCUGGGGGCGUUGCACAGAAGUCCUUGCGCCCGGAACAACUCUCAUUACCCAAGUUCCUUUUGCAUAUCUUCCGUGAGGAAGGUACACCGGGGCUCUUUCGUGGUUGGGUUGCCCGAUGCCUGAAAGUGGCACCUGCCUGUGCCAUUAUGAUUUCGAUAUACGAACUGGGGAAGAGAAUGGCACGGGGUGUCAACGAGAGACGGCACGAUGCAGAACCCGAGUCUGCGUGAAUCUCGGAAGAUUCUCUACAUCCCAUUCGAUACGGUCGAAGUAGUUUCGACGGCUAUUUCCCGAAUCCUUCAAUUGCUCCAUAUCUCGCAUUCACAUUCGACUACUAAUAUCCUGUGGGUUACUCCGGGAUUUGGCUUCGUUGCUUCUGUUUGUUAUUUGCUUAAUCGCCAUGAUACCGCCUUGCAUUCCAGAUUAUAGAGCAUCUCCUCCAGACCUGGCUGUGGAUAUGGUCUAGGGGGAUUGGAGGCAAUGUUUUGUUGCCAAAAGCCUUGCAUUUGCGUCCUGUACAUAUAUGUAUUUUCUCAAUAGACGAACAUCUUCCCUCUGUCAUGUACGAUAUUUUGUGGAUAUCUCGAUGAAUACCAAA